AAUAUUUCAAAAAGUGGCUCACUCCCCCCUCUGCUUCAAAAUUACGCUGUCUUUUGCGUCCUUCCUUGUUUGCCUCUCGCCGUCUAGAACUCUCUCUCCAUCUGUUUCUCUUCCCCUGUCUCUUCCGCUUUUAGGAAUUCUGUCUGUCCGUACAGUUGGUUGUUAGGGUUUAGAGUGUCAGAGAGUGCCGGUGGUUGUGAGUGUGCGUGCGUCUGUUGCUAUGGAGGCUAAGAAGCUGCUGGAUUUGAGCCAGCCGAUUGACGUUGGCUUGCUCGAUGCCACUGUUGCGGCCUUCUACGGUACCGGAUCUAAGGAUGAGAGGGCUGCUGCGGACCAGAUCUUACGAGAACUGCAAAACAAUCCAGAUAUGUGGCUCCAAGUUGUGCACAUUCUUCAAAAUUCAAAGAGCCUGAACACGAAGUUCUUUGCCCUACAGGUGCUAGAAGGUGUUAUUAAGUACAGAUGGAAUGCAUUGCCUGUUGAACAACGUGAUGGAAUGAAAAAUUACAUUUCUGAACUUAUUGUACAGCUUUCAAGCAAUGAGACCUCUUAUCGUUCGGAAAGGCUGUAUGUGAGCAAGCUAAACAUUAUUUUGGUUCAGAUUUUGAAGCAUGAUUGGCCAGCUAGAUGGCAGAGUUUUAUUCCUGAUCUUGUGACAGCAGCGAAAACUAGUGAAACAAUCUGUGAGAAUUGCAUGGCCAUAUUGAAGCUUCUAAGCGAAGAAGUUUUUGAUUUCUCACGGGGCGAGAUGACUCAACUGAAGAUCAAAGAGCUCAAACAGUCAUUGAACAGUGAGUUUCAACUCAUUCAUGAGUUGUGCUUAUAUGUGCUAUCAGUAUCUCAGAGAGCUGAUCUUAUUCGGGCAACACUAUCGACUUUGCAUGCUUUUCUUUCGUGGAUUCCCUUGGGCUAUAUAUUCGAAUCUCCACUGCUGGAAACACUCCUAAAAUUUUUCCCUAUGCCUUCAUAUCGGAAUCUCACUCUCCAGUGUCUAACAGAGGUUGCUGCCCUCAGUUUCGGGGACUAUUAUAACAUGCAAUAUAUCAAGAUGUACAAUUAUUUCAUGGUUCAGUUACAGACCAUUCUCACUCCAACUACAAACAUUCCCGAGGCUUAUGCUCGUGGAAAUAGUGAAGAACAGGCAUUUAUUCAGAACCUGGCGCUGUUUUUCACUUCAUUCUAUAAGGCCCAUAUCCGAGUGCUGGAAUCCUCUCAAGAGAACAUCUCUGCAUUGCUAAUAGGUCUUGAGUAUUUAAUUAACAUCUCAUAUGUUGAUGACACUGAAGUCUUCAAGGUUUGCUUGGACUACUGGAACUCCUUGGUUUUGGAACUUUUUGAGGCACACCACAAUCUAGAUAAUCCCGCUGUUGCUGCAAAUAUGAUGGGACUGCAGGUGCCUUUGGUUCAUGGUAUGGUUGAUGGCCUAGGCCUAGGUUCGCAACUUUUGCAGCGUCAGCAACUUUAUGCAGGUCCAAUGUCCAAAUUGAGGAUGCUUAUGAUUGCUCGAAUGGCUAAACCUGAAGAGGUUUUAAUUGUUGAAGAUGAAAAUGGGAAUAUUGUUCGGGAAACAAUGAAGGACAAUGAUGUUCUUGUUCAAUAUAAGAUCAUGAGGGAAACGCUGAUCUACUUGUCACACCUUGACCAUGAGGACACUGAAAAGCAGAUGCUGAAGAAACUAAGUAAACAACUUAGUGGUGAGGAUUGGACAUGGAACACCUUAAACACUUUGUGCUGGGCAAUAGGAUCUAUAUCCGGGUCCAUGAUGGAGGAACAGGAAAACAGGUUUCUGGUGAUGGUCAUUCGUGAUUUACUAAAUUUGUGUGAGAUCAUUAAAGGAAAAGAUAAUAAAGCUGUUGUUGCUAGUAACAUCAUGUAUGUGGUUGGACAGUACCCAAGGUUUCUAAGAGCGCACUGGAAGUUCUUGAAAACGGUUGUCCAUAAAUUAUUUGAGUUCAUGCAUGAAACACACCCUGGUGUUCAGGACAUGGCCUGUGAUACAUUUUUGAAAAUUGUUCAGAAAUGCAAGCGCAAAUUUGUUAUUCUGCAGGUUGGAGAAAGUGAACCAUUCAUAUCUGAACUUUUAUCAAGCCUUCCAACAACCGUUGCUGAUCUUGAGCCUCACCAGAUUCAUACGUUCUAUGAAUCUGUUGGGCAUAUGAUUCAAGCGGAAUCUGAUGCACUGAAGAGAGAUGAAUAUUUGCAGAGGCUGAUGGACCUUCCAAACAAGAAAUGGGUUGAAAUUAUUGGUCAGGCACGUCAGAGUGUUGAUUUUUUGAAAGAUCCAGAUGUUAUCAGGACUGUGCUUAAUAUAUUGCAGACAAAUACAAGUGUUGCCACUUCUCUUGGAACAUACUUUUUACCCCAAAUGUCUUUGAUAUUUUUGGACAUGCUGAAUGUCUACAGGAUGUAUAGUGAACUUGUAUCAAGCAACAUUGCAGGUGGGGGGCAGUUUGCAUCAAGAUCGUCCUUUGUGAAACUUCUACGUUCUGUCAAGAGGGAAACACUCAAGCUCAUAGAGACAUUUUUGGACAAGGCUGAAGAUCAACCUGAUAUUGGAAAACAAUUUGUGCCACCAAUGCUGGAUCACGUUCUUGGGGACUAUGCUAGGAAUGUGCCUGAUGCAAGAGAAUCGGAAGUGAUGUCCCUCUUUGCCACAAUCAUCAACAAGUACAAAGGUACAAUGACGGAUGAUGUGCCUCGCAUAUUUGAAGCCAUCUUCCAGUGCACAUUGGAGAUGAUCACCAAGAAUUUUGAAGAUUACCCAGAGCAUCGCCUUAAGUUCUUUUCAUUGCUUCGUGCCAUAGCCACACAUUGUUUUGCUGCGUUGAUUCAGCUUUCAAGUCAGCAACUAAAGCUUGUGAUGGAUUCAAUCAUAUGGGCAUUUCGGCACACGGAAAGGAAUAUUGCCGAAACUGGACUUAACCUUUUAUUGGAGAUGCUGAAAAACUUUGAGGCUUCUACAUUCUGCAAUCAAUUCUACCGGACGUAUUUCCUGACAAUUGAGCAAGAAAUAUUUGCCGUCUUGACAGACUCAUUUCAUAAACCUGGGUUCAAGUUGCAUAUCGCAGUGCUGCAGCAAUUGUUUUGCUUGGUGGAGAGUGGUGCAUUGACAGAACCUUUAUGGGAUCCUGCAACGGCCCCUCUUGCAUACCCACAUAAUGCAAUGUUUGUUCGCGAGUAUACCAUUAAACUUUUGGGUACAUCAUUUCCUAACAUGACUUCUGCCGAGGUUGCUCAUUUUGUGAAUGGACUGUUCGAAUCUAGAAAUGACAUGGUGACAUUUAAGAAUCACAUAAGAGACUUCCUUGUGCAAUCAAAAGAAUUUUCGGCCCAGGACAACAAAGAUCUUUAUGCGGAAGAGGCUGCUGCUCAAAGGGAGAGAGAGCGACAACGGAUGCUCUCUAUUCCUGGGCUUAUUGCACCCAACGAGAUACAAGACGAGAUGUUGGACUCAUAGAGAAGGCUAGAGUUGCCAUGGUAGCUAGCUUUGUGAGCUUCAAUCCUGAGAGUUGCUGGGGGGCAUGUUAAGUUGCCAGAAUCAGUUUGUGCGAAAGGAUGCAGCACUAUGUUCCCCCACUGUCUAUAAAAAUCAAUUUUCUUCGGGCGCGAGGCACCUUCAUGGGGCGGUUGGUUGCUAGUGAACGUGCCUUAUUACUGGGUGUAGAGUAUGAUUUAGGUGCUGAUGUAGGAUACAACCGAGUCAUCUGUACAGGUUUCUGGAUCCAGCCUCUCCGUUUUCAUGAUGGUGGAUGCCAUGCAAACUGGUUAAAUGACUCGUUUUGAAGAGUUGGAUAUUCAUUCAAUGUAGGUAUCAGUGAUAUUAGACCAUGUUUAGUGGUAUUAUUUGCAGAGGGUGAGGAAUGAUUUAACAUUGGUCUUUUUUUUAAAAAACUUUUUUUUGAUGAAGGGUGACAGUGAGUAUGAUAAUUGAAAGUCCUCUUUUUGGUA